UCAGAUAUAUACAAAUCAUGUAAUUUGAGAAUCCCAAGAAAAUGGUGCAACUCAAGCUCGUAGCUUUAACCUUGUUGGUGUUGUGGUCAUGGUGGAGCUUUGAGGGUGCAGUUGGAGACCCUCAACUCUUUCUACUCAAAUGGGAGUGCAGCGUAGUCACGGUACACGACUUGUUCAACUUCAACCAAAAUCUAAACGCAAGUUUGGCAGACCUUAGAGCGCAGAUUAGCAACCAAAGCAAGCACUUUGCCACGGCUCAAUCAACCAGCGGAGCAGACCCUGUCUACGCCAUGUUCCAAUGCAGGAAUUACCUCUCCUUCACUGACUGCGCCACCUGUUUCGCUGCCGCCGCCGCCAGAAUCCACAACUGCUCCACCGGAAAUGGUGCCCAUGUUGUUUAUGACGGCUGCAUCCUCAGGUACACAUCCAUCUAAUUAAUACUUGUUCAAUAGUCCAUUCUUAUGGCUGAUAAUUCAAAAAUGAUUUUUCGACACUCUUGGUGUGUACCCUUUGAGGAGAGCAAGGAAAGCGAAUUUUACAUGUGACAAAUAGAGGGCUAAAAUGAGCAAGAGUAGCUUGUCACUAGUCCUAUAAAAAAGUAGGACUGUGUUUUUAUCAAGCAAAAAAAAACCACUGAAUACAAAUGUCAAGAUAUUCUAACUUAAUUAGUGAUAUUGAAUUCAAAUUUUAGAUAUUCAUCUGUCUUAAAUACUUGAAGAGAACGAACUUUGUCAUCUAGUGAUACUGCCUAACUGGGAAUUAGCAUGUAACACAAAUUACCAACAAGCUAGCUAGGUGUUUAUAAUUAUCGAGACUACCUAGUCAGUAAUUAACAGGAGCACGAAUAUCAAGUCGGGAACCAAGCUUUCUCUUAAGCAACCUUCUCAGCUUUCACCCUUAAUUUGUUGAGUUGCUUCUUUCUCUCGUAAACCAGCUGCGCCUUUUCCUUCUCUUCUCUUCUCUAGCUCCUAAGAGCAAUAAAACAAUUACUCUCAC